GACGAGGUCAUCAUGUACCUCGAUACGAACGAGGCCACCGAGCUCACGUUCAAGGGCUUCGUCGGGCUGUACACGCUCCAGACGGAGAACGACGAGGCCGAGACGGUCAAGGACCUCAAGCAGUGGGGGUACGACCCGGCCACGCUGGACGCUGUCGUCGCGGCGUCGAAGCAGGAGGAGAGCGGCGAGGCCAAGGCGUGAUGGCUCGUCGACGACGAGGCGAUACCCGAGUUGGCUAGAUACCUCUGCAAUGCACUCAGACUGCAGACU